AGGCACAAAACCACUCACACUCAAAGAAAAGGUUAUGGCUGUGUACCCUGCACUUUUUUGCUCCAGUGUAGUGACUGUGCUCACACUAGCUUACGGCCGUGGUCUUCCGACAGACAGUAUGAAAAACUCCGUCAAACUACAAGUCGAGAACAUCAUCUCCAGAAUACAGAAACACAAAGAUGAGUUCCAAAUACUUCAUAAGAUGAUCCUGGAUAGUCCCGAGCUCCUGCCCGAGCUGCAGUCUGACAAGCCCAUCGAGGGUCUGAGCUCCAUGGUGGAGAUGCUGAACAACUUCCAGCGAGUUCUUCACAGCCUGCCCAAGGGUCACAUGAGCCAACUGCACAGUGAGGUAAGCACACUGCAGCACUACCUGGAAGACAGGAUGAACUCACUGCAGUGCGAACACAGGAAAAGAGAAGGCACAGAGAAGAUCCUGGAGGCCUUCCUGAAAAACCAUAGCACGUACUACAUCACCCUGGGUCAUGUUGCUCUGGACAGACUGCAGAAGUACUUACAGAGACUUAACCACAAUCUAGAUCAGCUGAGAACAUGCUGAAGCCAAAGAAUCGUGUGCUGCUCUUUUUAAUGAUAUUUUUUGUUCUAUUUAUUUAUAUAAAUGUAUUUAUGAACCUAACAACUAUUAUUUUCUAUUUUAUUAUUAUUAUUUUUUAAUGAAUGCGUUUGGGAAUCAGACCAGACAUUCCCAUCAGGCUUCACGUUCACAUAUGCAUGCACACAGACACAAAUCUUAUACAUGCUGACAUCACCACCAGCCAAGGAUCCUAAGUGAUGUCAUAGGAUUACCGGAAGACUCCUGACUGAACGUGCUGGGAAGCACAAAUCCUCUUUCCCUUUUCUGACCACCAGCAGACAAUCACUAUGGAUCGGAAUGCACUAUAUUAUUAUAUAGUGCAAGAUAUUAUGUAUAUACUGUCAAGAGCUUCAUUUGAGGUUAUCUGUAAACUGAUGGAGAUGCAAGAUAUUAUUUCUUUUAUAUUCACGAGCUCAGCAAAAAAUAAAAAUAAAAAGCACAGUUCUCUAAAUCGUUGUGUUUGUUUCCGGGAUUUUUGCAGGAACACAAAGAACCAACACAACAAAAUCCCAGUUUAUUAGCAAUCAUUUAUAUUGUACGGCCAUCUGGCUGCUUGAUGUUGCAGCAAAAUUGUCCUGCCAGCUAAAAGCCCUGUGUACUGGGGCUUAAUGAGACAUGCAGUUUGUGGAUUUAAAGGCAGGACAGGGUUGUAUAAAGUAGAGCACAAGACUCUCCUAAAAUCUCCAUAGAUUGCUAUUUACUGUGCUUUAGGACACUUAAAAAGUCAUUUGUUAGUUAUCAGAGCCAACAUGAAGAAAAAGAGCAGCCAUUCUUCUCCAGAAAAACGACACGAGUAAAAGAAUGACGCACCAAAAAUCAUGCGUGUGUACCUCCGGCAUAAUAAAUAUUGACUCUCACCCACCCAAUUACCUUUUAUCCUUCAUCAAAUUCCCUGGAAAGGCAAUGUUUGUGAAUACAUCUGGGGCAAAAUUACACAACACUGGUAAAGAAAAGGAGCACAUCCUUUCGAAGUGUGCACGUAACUCAACCCUGACCUCAAUGUCCAGCUCAGACUGGACACUAUCAGAUGUAAUAUUGUGCAUAUUAUUCCCAAAACCUUUACUGUAACUCUGCAAGAAGUUGCACAAUACUUUAUUCGAAACAUCCUGAGAUCACUAUGAAAGUAUUAUUCUGAUGGUUUUCCACUGCGUUCGGAAUUAUGUUUCUUUUACCUAUCAAGGAACAUAAAAGAUUUGCACAAAUGAGGCAAUUUCUUGGAACUGUGGCUGACUGAGCAUGAAUUCUUGACAGUAGUCAGGGCCUCACAUUAGCUGAACCCUGGUGUGGUCCAUAUUACAUGUGGAAGUUAUUAACAUUCCACAUUAUGCACUGCAUUAUGUGACUGGUCCUGUAUCUCUAGUCGUGUUACUUUCUGUUUCAGGGAUUACACUAU